UUUUGAUUGAGUUAACAUUGGUUUAUAACGUUAUGUAGAUUUCAGGUGUACAUCGUUAGAUUUCAGUUUCUGCGUAGACUACAUCAUGUUCACCACCCACAGACUAAUUGCCAUCCGUCAUCACACAUGUGCCCUGUCACCCCUUUUGCCCUCCUCCUUCCCCGCUUCCCCUUUGGUAACCACCAAUAUAAUCUCUGUAUCUAUGUUUGUUUGUUGUUGGCUAGGUUUUCUUAUAACUUCUUUUCAGACAAGUUAUGAGGAUCAAUCCAGCGUGGUAUGUUUGUCACUAGGUAAAGGUGCUAUGUGACUACUUAGUUGUGUUAUUUUGCAGCCUUGAUCAUGGUUUAGAACAGUCCCUUCCUUUUGAAAUGACUGAACAAUAGAGUCCUUCAUGGUAAGAGAGUAAAUUGAUAAUUUAGUGUGCUGAUGGAUUUGUAGUCACGUCACAGUCGUAAAGCUGCUAUCAGUUUCUUUCUUUGUCCUUUAUGUUGAGGUAUGGAUUGCAGCUUUUUUUCCUUCAAAGGAGCACAAAGCAAUGUUUGGACAUCUGCCUUCUUUAAUGAUGGGAGGAAGAUCAAGUGUUUUUUUUAACCUACUGGUUUAAUACGCCCUAAGCUGCUAUUCUCUUUUUUGUUUUUGCUGCUCCGUGAGCUCUUAUCACACUGUGUGGAGACCAGCCUUGUCUAGAAAGGGAAUUUAAUUCUGAAACCUUCAGAAGAGGUUAAGAGCCUUUCCGAAUUUUUCUUUGGCUGCUGAAGUCUUUACUUGUGGUUACGUUACCUUAUGAGUUUUGUGGAUUAAGCUCUUAAUUCCGUUACCAAAUGUGAACUUAAAAAUUGCUUCGUGUUUUCCAUGUGGCCUGUUACCUCCAGCUUCUUGGGGAACAUCUCAGUUCUCUGCAGCUCCCAAAUUGUGCACUGGUGCUUCAAGAGGGAAUGUUGCAUGCCCCUGUUUACGAAAGUUCUGCAGGCCAAAUCCUGAAUCUGAAUGUUCUGUUGUGUCACUCAGUUAUGGUUCCAAAGGGGAAUUGUGAGAAGACCCAUAGCGAAUGGACCAAGGCUAUCAUUUAAUUGCAUGACUCGAAACUUUGCUGCCAGAAGAGGCAGCUCCAUUCCUUUGACCCCAGUGUUGGACUGUCGGACUGUUAACUGCCGCAUUUCACUGUUUUUUCUUUUUAUACGAGGGUAUGCACUGUUCGGCUAUGUGCAUAGACCUUGUAGCUCGCGCUAUCUUUACCACAUCAUAGUUAAUAAACUUCUUUGCACUUUCUAGCUACUUUUGGGUAUAUAUCUACAUAUAAGAUGAGAGCUGUCAAAUGAAGGGGGGGAGGUUUGUGGUUUUUAGCAUCAAGCAAGCACUCAUCUCUGAGCUGUACCCCAGGAAGAACCUGCAUAGAUUCAGUGGUGCACUGGAGCCAGCUCACACAGCAAGAGCUGAUUGUUGAAUUUUUAGGAAUUUUGUGAGCCAAUUGUUAAACUGUUGGUAGCUUGAAAUAGGCUGUAGUGGGAGUAUUUAUAUAAAAUGCUGGCUUACCAGCACACCACUUCUCAAGAACUGUGUAGCAUUGUUCUUGAGAAGAGCAAGCAUUCAAUGACUUUUCAAAUGAUACAGGACAACUUGCAAAAAACAGGUAUGCCCAUGUUUAGGUCAAGCCUAUCCAGCUAAGGUUGAAGGUGUGUACACUGAGAACACUUAUUUUGAAGUGGUGCCUUAAAAGCAAAAGAUACUUUGAAGUGAAGAAGCUUUGAGUUCCUAUGUAGGAUGUUCAAGUCACCCAAGGGGUUCUUUGGAGGAAUGAAGUGCUACCUGUAUUCUGGAAAUGCUGAUGUCACAUGGUCAGAGGAAACUGACAUGUGUAGGUGGUGAGUUGGAGGGCUGGGCAGGCAUAUCUUUGGAGCAAGUGUUAGGUGAUUGCCUGGCUAUAUUGCUUCUGUGUGUUGAGAGACAAAAAUAAGGGAGGUUGCUAUAUUUUAAACAUGGAGCCAAAUGUUUUGUGUCGAUCUUAAAUUUAUUGUAUUUUGUUUGCAUGGGGCUGAUUUCCUUCUCAGUAAAUGUUUGCAUGAUGCCAUUCAAGAUCCCAGCCUCAGAAAGCUGCUACUCUAGAAGGGGCAGUGACACCACAGAGGUCUGAAAUGUGAGGCUCUCCUCACCACCUCAGAAGGCACGCAUUUGGUUUGUUCUGAGCCUGACCUCCUGUGCCGGCAGAAGUCUCUUCAGUUGGACUUGGGAACUGCAGUUGCGAGAGAGUUCAGUGCAUUGCUUCUCCUGAGAACGCCUCAUCUUGGGCGAGGAAACUGAGGUUCAGCAAGGUCAACAGACUUCUCUGCUAAGUGGGACCUAGGGUAGGACCUCCUUGAACAGUUUGACCCUGAUUUUCCAGAUGGAGGCCUUUGUUGAUUAGAAUACAGACUGAAACAUGGAGAGCGGAAUGUUUUGCCUGCUGAAACUCAUCCUGAUACCAGUGUUAUUGGAUUAUUCCUUGGGCCUGAAUGACUUGAUUGUUUCCUCCCUUGAGCUAACAGUCCAUGUGGGUGAUUCAGCCCUGAUGGGAUGUGUUUUCCAGAGCACAGAAGAGAAACGUAUGACCAAAGUAGACUGGAUGUUCUCAUCAGGAGAGCACGCCAAGGAGGAUUUUGUGCUAUACUAUUAUGCCAACCUCAGCGUGGCUGUGGGGCGCUUCCAGAAUCGUGCACACUUGGUGGGGGACAUCUUACGCAAAGACGGUUCUCUCUUGCUCCAAAAUGUGGAAGAAGCUGACCAGGGAAACUAUACCUGUGAAAUCCGCUUUGAAAUGGAGAGCCAGGUGUUCAAAAGAACAGUGGCGCUGCAUGUACUGCCAGAGGAGCCCAACGAGCUCGUGGUCCAUGUGGGUGAUUCGAUUCAGAUGGGAUGUGUUUUCCAGAGCACAGAAAAGAAACGCAUGACCAAGGUAGACUGGAUGUUCUCGUCGGAAGGGCACGCCAAGGAGGAGAUUGUGCUACGCUAUCACCCCAAACUCAACCUACCUGUGCGGUACCCCCAGAACUGGAGCCGCUUCCAGAACCGUGUAAACCUGGUGGGGGACACUUCCCGCAAUGAUGGCUCCAUCCUGCUCCAAGGAGUGAAGGAGUCUGACAGAGGAAGCUACACCUGCAGCAUCCACCUGGGAAACCUGACCUUCAGGAAAACUUUUGUGCUGCACGUGGUUCAAAAAGAGCUCCGAACAUUGGUGACCCCGGAAACCCUCAGACAUGAGAUCCUGGGCGGUAAUCACCUGGUGAUCAUCGUGGGGAUUGUCUGCGCCACAGUCCUGCUGCUUUCUGUUCUGAUAUUGACCUUGAAGAAGACCCACAGGAAUAAGAGUUCAGAAACCUCCACAACUGUGGUAAAAAGCCUGGAGAACACAAUGAAGGCCCUUCCAGAGAAACACAUUUACACCUCAAUAGCUACACGAGAGGUGAUCGAGGAAGAAGAAUCAAGUGGAAAAUCAGAGGCCACCUACAUGACCAUGCACCCAGUUUGGCCGUCUCCAAGGACAGCACCAAGUAACCCACCUGAAAAGAAGUCAGCUGGAGAAAUGCUGAAAACAGAGCAAGCUUUUUGAGAAGAAAGGCGAGUUCCCUUCAUCCUUGCCAGUGGCAGACUUUCUGUGCAUCCCUAGGCGCUGUACCAGUUGUUGCAGACCCCUCGUCUUCCCAGUUGUCUUCCUGCCUCAUUGCUCGGUCAAAGGGCUGAAGAUGGAGGGUUCGGAGCCGGGCAGCAAGACUGGACAGCUCUGGAAGAACAGGCCGUGAUUGGGGGUGGGGAGUGUGGACUUGGUUCCUCUGGAGUGGGACACUGGCCCUAGGGACCCUGGCUGAGCUGCUGCGGUGGCAAACACUCCAUCAGAUCAGAACCUCCAAUUGCAUGGUAUUCUUUAUGGAUGAGUUACUGAGAAGAAUUGCAGAAAUAAAAACCAACCCAAAUGAUUCCUUUGGCAAGUUAUCCCUAAAUAAAUGUGGUUUGUGUAAAUCA